AUAAAAUAAUAAUAAAAAAAGCAACAACAACAACUUUCCUAUACACUUUAUAUGUCUUUUACACUUUUUCAUUACUGUUGCUAACAGUAGGCAUAUUCAUACGAGAAUUCUGGUGAUAUUUUCACGUCAAUAACAACAAAAGGUCAAUCCCAAUGCAGCCAUUUAAACCCAGACCGCUAGAUGGCAGUAUUUGUUGUAAACACCCGCCAAAAAGCGCCUCACUACAACCAUACUGACCGCAAACUGAGCGCGUUUUCUCCCAAGCAACAAGAGGUCAUUUUUUUUAAAGAUGGCAGUGAACAGCUGCGUGACUGUGGUGCAGCUUGGCUCUGGGACUCAGGUGUAUCAGUCCGAAGUUCACCUGCUUCCCUGCGACAUUGAUCACGACGGAGCUGCACAAGUGGCUGAGUUUUUCACUCCCACAGUGAAGGAGCGAAAGCACGAAAAGACAGUGUCGUUUAGGGGGCGGGGGCUGAAAGGUCAGGAAGUGACGCACCCUCAAGGCUACACUGGUCUGGUGCUGAAGGAGGUACAGAAACCCUCAUCUGAUCAAGAACUCCUUGGUCCUGAAGGCACAAGGAAAGGGUGUGAGGAAAGGGAAUACAGACAAGAGGAAUUCAAGAGCAAAAUUAUUUACCAAAUGAGAUGUCCUUGUUCACAGAAGCGUCAGAUUAAACCUUCAGUACACCACACCUGAAAAUCUAUACAGUAUCACCAAUCAAACCAUUACUGAACAUGUACAGUACAACACAUCACACACUUACACUGGUGUUGGUGUUAUAGUCUUUAGAAAAUUCUGCUUAAAAUGAGGCACAUUUUAAUUGACUUUUAUCCAAGAGGUUUUGUGAUAAUUAUUUAAUAAUGUAUUUUUUGUGUUAGUGUUUCUUAUCACAUUGUUUAUUGGCAUUUUGUUAAAAGUGGAGCAUUUAUACUGCAUACUUAUACCAUGCUCUAAAAUAAAAUAAAAAACUCCCACAUAGGAAGGACCUGUAUAUUGUUGAUCUAGACACUUCCUAAGUCCCAUUUAAAAAUAAAUAAAUAAAUUGGGAUGUCUUAUCAGUCCCUCCAGGAUUUUGCGAUUGCAGAAAUGAAUGUAAAAUCAAGCAACGCAAAAAAACAACACAAUAUUCAGAGGAGCUUGUAAUUUUUCUAAAUUACCACAGAUUUAGUCCAAGACGCAUCAUGUGACAUCAUAAAAAUGUGCAUUCAGCCAAAGCCCUCACUGCGUUGAACAUGAAUGCAGCUAAAAGAUCUCAUUUACCAACAAACAUCACUGCAAAAGGCCGUGCAAAACUAUUUUGUGCAAUUGCGGUUUUGCCAAUUGAAGUAGUUUUCUGCAAAAAAAAACCCCAAACUUUUUUUCAAAUUCUGAAAAGAAAAGCUGCAGAAAAACAUUUUUGGACGCAACAAUCACAAAAAACUCCCUGUAAUCCUGUACAGACUGUAUUAUGAAGUGCAGGAUUUCAGGUUCUGAAGGUUGUAUCAUUUAGUGUUGUCCUUGAUGAGAGAAUCUGAAUUUUUUUUUUAAUUGACAUGAAUAUCAGAUGCAGUCAUUACACAGCACAGCAUUUUCCAGGACACUACUCUCUGUAUUGUUUAUACUCAAUAACUAAUAGCAUAUGAUCGCAUAUGAAUACUAGUGAAAAUAGUAUAUAUCUAAAAAAUCUUUUUAUUUGAAGAAAAUGAGUGUGGUGGGUUUUUUUUUUUUUUUUUUUUUUUAGAACUAAUCUAUAUACGUUUAAUUCUUGU